CGCCGGCCUCCGCCUUCCUGUUCGGGCGGUUCUCCCUCUGGCGGCCUUCUUGUUCAUGGCAGUUCCUUCAGCCUCGACCUUCUCUAAACUGCUCCGAAGCCUCCUUGUUUUCCUUCCGUCCGGACGGACCGAUCGGUUGACGGCUGGUGGCCGGGACAGGGAGCAAUAUUAUUGAAUUGAAAAUCAAAACAACUGCAGUUCCUGGAAAUCUGAAAUAAAAACAGAAAAUGUCAGGCAGCAUCUGUGGAAAGAGGGCUGAUGUUUUGAUCAGAGACAUGAAUAUGACUGACUUGAUAUAAUUGGCUUGACAGAAUCUGCUUCAACAGGAUGGACUCUGGAUCAACAAUCUCUGACUCAAAUAUUGACAGUGAACUGUUUACAAUGAAUGCUGAUAUGGAAGUAAUUGACCCCGAGAGUCAAGUAGAAUUAGAAGAGAAGACACGGCUGAUUAAUCAGGUUUUGGAGCUUCAACAUACUUUAGAAGAGCUGUCUGCACGUGUGGAUGCUGUAAAAGAAGAGAAUCUGAAACUAAAAUCUGAAAAUCAAGUUCUUGGACAGUACAUAGAAAACCUUAUGUCAGCUUCUAGCGUUUUCCAAACAACAGACACAAAAGGCAAACGAAAGUGAGGGCUGGCUUGAUGUUCACAUAGUAUGUUCGUAUUCUAUAGAAUAUCAUGAUUCAUUUCUUUUUCUUAGGUAUUUACAACCUGUAAAACAUGUCUGGCACGAAAUUUUUAAGACUGUGUAUUCUUUCUAUAUUGACCUCUAGGAAUUUAUCCAAGACCAUGUUAUUUGAAAACUCCACUGAUCUUAGCUGGUUGGCCCCUGUUAACAAGCUUAAACUUAGUAACAUGUUGAAGCAUAAUCCUUAACAUUUAAAUGCUUCCAUAAUUAACCUGAUUAUUACAGUACGUGGGGUAUCUUGUUGGAAAUACUCAGCAGGUCAGGCAGUAUCUGUGGAGAGAGAAAAUUGUUUCUGACCUCGAGUAUUUCCAGCAUUUUCUGUUUUCAGGUAUCCAGCAUUAAUAGUUUCUCAUUUUUCUUUUUUUUUUACUUUGUUGGUACAGCAUGUCUACACUUUUAGUACUGGAGCCCUAGAAUCAAAAUAAUUUAUAUGUUCCUGUUACCUCUAGUUUUAACUUGACUUAGGUGCAAGGUAUAACUUAGAUUAAGAAAAAAGUGCAAUAUAAUGUUAACAUUUAAUUGUCUUAACAUUGCAUAUGCUGAUCAGAAAAUGCAUGAGAUUUUUAAAACUGUACAAUGGCCUCCUUCAUGUAUAGUGAGGUAAUGCUUAUAAUUCUAUGCUGUUUGUACUUGUCAUA